GAAUAUUAUUCAACAAAGAAAAAUGGCGCAAUGCAUUGAAACCAAUGGCAAACCAAUGAGAAUUCGCGCCCUUGGUCCAUCUCAGAAACCCAAAAACGGACAAGCUGGUUCGCCUUCAGUCUUGAUUUUCCUUCAGCAGGCGUUAUUUGCGAGAAAAACAACCAAAACCAUGAUGAACAAGGCUGUGCCAACGCUCGCCGUGCUGGUCGCCCUGGCAAUGGCCAUUGGGUCGGUCGGCGUUGCUGACGCGCACUCGACGCACUACCCGCACCUGAAAUACCUCGUGGGCAACGCGAGCGCGUGCCAGGACGUCGACCAGGUUCCCAUCCUCAGCUACCACGUCCACAUUCUCUUUUGGCAGAACAACGAAAAGUCAACCGCCGACGCACUUGCUUUGCGCCAGGUCGCCAUGGACCACUUCAACCUGACAAACGCGCCACUGUGCACUGGGCUGUUUGACCAGGGUCGCCUGUGCGCCUUCGAACCUGACAUGGUGCCCGCCGGUCCGUUCGUCGUUGCACAGUGGUCGUUCUACUUUACAACCGAGCAGACAGGUUUGAUCAUUCCCUGGUUCCUCCAGCACCACGAGCCCUUCACUGUGCUCUUCCACCCGAAUACUGGCUGCGAAAUCGAGGACCACACCACAUGGGCGGUGUGGGGUGGCCGGCCGGGCGAGAUCGACACCUCGUUCCUGACACACGAGGAACCUGGAAACUAACGCCCCCACCCACAAGGAAAUCACUCGACCGCGUUUCAGUGGUUGGAUAGAAGUCGUGAAUAUUGUCGGUUGUGGAGGUUUUUUUGGUCUGAGUUUUGUGCCCGCCAGUGACGGCGGCGGCCGAAAUGAGGGAAUUGACCAGAUUUUGCAUGCCCUCGGUUUGUGAUUGAACUUUGCCCUGUUGGACAAUACAGUACGCCUCUCUUUUGCCAUA